CGUACAGUGCCGGCCGUGGAGACAGUACGUUAAAAAUAGAGAUGCGUUUUACACUUUCUCUACCCAAGAGACUGUGCUAGUUUCUGGCUUCCAGAUGAAAACUCCAGUGCCUGAAUUUGAAUUCAGAAGUGCACAUCUAUCUCCGUUCUCAGUUACUUAGUGCUGCAGCCUUUGUUAUCGGAGCGAUGUCUUCAAAGCCAGAAGAUGAUAAAGAGAGGCUGUUUCAAGCUGCCAAGACGAUCUUCUUUCACAUACAAGAUCUUUCUUCCUUCACGAACACGCUGAUUGAACUAUUCAACCACAAUAUGAAUACCCAGAUCCUCUGGACGGCUGUGAAGGAAGAUAGUAAUAUUAGGGAUUUCUUUGAGCAAAUGCUCAAAGUUGUUGCAGAGAUACAAUCAGUAGUAGAUGCAGCGAACAAAACCGUUGAAAACGAGCCUUUGUAUCCUAAGAUCGCAAUGGCUUUGUCCUCUAUGAUUGAGCAGAGAACUAAUGUGAGGGAAUUGUACCUGUCAGCCAGAAAAAUGUUCAGAAAUGCCCACAUACCGCUUAUCAUCUCUGUUCUGAAUCAUGGCAAUGUCCUUGGGAUUUUGACAUCUUGUAUAACAGCGUUGAUGAAAUUUCCCAUCAUGAAUCUUCAGCUAAGUGACUUCUACAGGAAAGACACCGGAGAGCAAUCAGAAGCCACCACAUCUGAGAAAAACACGAGUUCAGAUCCCCCUGAAGCCAACAUGACGGACAAACUGAAAAAGUUACAAGAUGCAUUUCGAGGUGAGAAUACCACGAACCCCACAGCGUUUGCUGUGGAGCAGUUGGAACAAAUCAUCGGGAACCUGGGGCUAGCCUCGGAGGUUCUCCAAAAAGCCACAAAAACAAUGCAGACCAAUAUUUCCCUGUUCAAGAAAGUUCCUGAGAAGUAGAGGCACCUCACAAAUAGCCAUUUAUGUCAGAAAAUCUAGUCAAAUGCUAUGAGUUUUCAUAGUACGCUCUAAUGUCCCUUGAUAACAAACCUGUGGGUCUGCUGCAAUGAAAGCACAGAAUGCAGUCACCUGGCCAACUAUUUGCCUCUAGUCGUGCUUUAUUUAAAUAAACAAAAUAUUCAAAGAAAGUUUGCUUGAAAUUAAUUAUACAAGAAACUUUAUUACGCAAAAGAUCAAGAUAAUAGUGCA